AUGGAAAUUACUGGUGACAUUGUGACAUGCCCUCCGAAGAACGACAAACCUGGGAUCAGACACUCAUUCGACCUGGCCGUGUCAACACAUUUGAAAGAAGACAUUGAAAUGAUUGGACAACCUGUGACUGCAUUUGCUCUCAAGAUACCAGAAGAUGUGUUCAGCCCGGCCGCAAUUCAAUCAUUCCUUCUGGAGCACAGGCAGUCGCCCGUUGAUGCAGUUGCAAAGGCUGAGGAAUGA